UGACCAGAGAAACUUGCUGCAGUCAAUCCCAGCAGCAUUGCGUUCCAAAAGUUAUUUACUGGGCUGAUCUCGAAUAGGUUAAAUUUGAGCCUGUAAAGUGUAAACAGAAUUAAAAAAGAAAAAGAAAAAAGUGUAAACCGAAUCAAUGGCAUGUUACGUAAAUUCUUCAAUCGUUGACUGGUUUGCGCAACAACGUGCGGGGGUUAGUAGAUAACAGAUCCAACGGUCUAAAAUCUAUCAUAUUUUCAUCUAAGGGUCAUAAAUACACACAAUUGAAUAAAAAAUAAGUUAAUUAACGGGGAGUAGCAUGUGCGUGUUACUGUUAGCCCAAGUCCAAUACAACAAAGUGGAUAAAAACCAAAAAAGUCUUUAAAGACUGUCAAGAAGAUUUCAUGUUCUUCUAUCAUUUCUCGGACAUCCAAGAAGAUUGUAAACAAGACCAAACAUGUCUGUCGUAAUAAACGCCAGGAUGGUGGCGUUUGCGGUACACGCGCUCGCCGUGGUCGCCUCGGUGAUGGUGUUUGUUUGGUCAAUAUGUUACAGAGGUGGAUUUGCGUGGGAAUCUACCAGCAAGACCCUCAUCUUCAAUCUUCAUCCUGUUUUGACUCUCACCGGCUUAGUAAUUCUGGGAGGAGAAGCAACUAUAAGUUACAAAUCGCUUCCAUUUGAGAAACGUGUGAACAAAUUGAUCCACCUUGUUCUCCACGCAAUCGCCAUUAUUCUUGGAAUCUUGGGAAUCUAUGCUGCUUUCAAGCACCAUAACGAGAAACACAUCCCAAAUCUCUAUACCAUCCAUUCUUGGGUUGGUAUUGGUGUCAUUGUCCUUUACGCUCUCCAGUGGCUGUAUAGCUUUAUUGUCUACUUCUUCCCAGGAGGAUCAUCAGCUCUCAGAAGGGACUUACUUCCGUGGCACGUUUUCCUCGGUGUCUUUGUCUAUGUUCUUGCAGUUGGAAACUCGGUUUUAGGGUUUCUUGAAAAGCUUACUUUCUUGGAAAAGUCAGGGCUUGACAAGUUUGGAUCAGAAGCGUUCCUUGUCAACUUCAUGGCUAUUAUCACUAUUCUGUUUGGUACUUUUGUGCUUCUCAUUGUUUACUCCAAGUCUCCUCCUUCGGUUGAAGAAGAUAACUAUAGCUACUCAGCUAUAUGACUAUUCAAUUUUACUUUCCUUUGAAGUUUGUUUGUUUUAGACCUAGUAAUGGUCUUCAAACUUUAAUUUCUUUAAUAAAUAAUUUUUUUCUUGUA